AUGGCAGCUCAAACCCCAACCACCAACGGCGGCUCCCUCGCCGCUAUGUUGGAACAGCAGCACGCCCGCGACGAGGCCCACAAGGCCACGGUGGAGGAAACCGUGGACGAAGAGGAUCUCAAGCACCCCCCACCACCCCCUUCUCAGCCAGUGCAGCCUAUUCUCGUCGACGCCGACACCCUCGAGCAACCAACAGCGGCCGAAUCUGUCUCAGCUCCCAAGUCUGCGCCCAAAAAGAAACCCGCCUUCGAUGUACAGUCCGAGGAAUUGUUCCCAGCCCUGGGAAGCGGUCCCAAGCCUGCUGCCCCCGCUGCCGCUACAUGGGGUGUGAAGAAGCCCUCCGCAGCCGCAGCCGUCUCAAAUGGACAGCCGGCCAAGUCAAUGGAGAUUCCUCGUGUGAUGGCUCUCCCCGGAAAGCACAUUGAGCAGCUUCGCCUCGCCCCCUCUCAGCUGCAGCCCCGCGGUCAACUGAAGAAGCCUCUGCGUGAUAUCUUGCGCGACAUCACCCGCCGCUCCAAGGCGACGAUUGACAUGCGCGGUGGCCCCGGUGGCUCGAUCAUUUUCGAAGGAAAGGGUUCCGUUGAUGGCGUGCGCCAGGCUCUCCGGGAGGUCGCCCAACAAGUCGGAUCUAAGCAAUCUGUCCGUGUUCCCAUCCCCACAUCCGCCCGUGCCCACAUCAUUGGUCGCCAAGGUACCGUGAUCCAGGACAUCCAGAGCCGCACUGGUGCCCGUGUGCAGGUUCCCCGUGCCGAAGCCAACGCCCCCGCCGACGAUGACGAUGACGACACCAUUGAUAUUUUGAUUGAGGGUGAUGCCGUGGCAGCGGAGAUGGCCCGCCGCGAGAUCGAGGCGAUUGUCAAGGAGCGUGGUUCUAGCAUGAGCUUCAAGCUGAAGACUUUCUUCCCCUUCAUUGCGGGUGCACACGAUGCCAACCUCCGGGCCAUCGAGGAGCGCACCAAGGCACAGAUCAGCGUUCCCCGCUACGACACGUGGUCAAGCCAGCCCCCUCCCCAGGAGGCCAACCCUGGCCAGGUCCAGUUCGUUGCUUGCCCUGACAAGCACAUCUCCAUCUCCGGAGAACGCGCUGCUGCACAGGAGGCUCGCGCUGAGAUUGAGCGUCUGGCCGCCCAACUGCGCCAGCAGCUGACUCUCCGUCAGCUGGCGAUCAACCGUGGUCAGCACCAGUUCAUUCUGGGCAACGAGGCCGAUGCUCUGCACAAGUUCAUUGCGCAAACCGGGUGUGCCGUGGUCCUGCCCCCUGCCUCUGACGACAGCGAGUUCCUUACCGUCACUGGUCCCCUUGACCAAAUUGAGGCUGGUAUUGAACACGCUAUGGAUCUUGCUACUAGCAUGCAGAUGGCCAGCAUCGACUUGUCCCGCCAGCAUCCCACUGCCCCCGCCGGUCCCCACGCUCACGCCAGCGCUCUGUCCCAGUACCUGCGCCGCCGCCAGGUGAUCAAGGAACUCGAGUCAACCUACGAUGCUCACAUUGCCCUUCCCCCAGCGUUGAACACCAUCCGCGCUCGCUCCGACAUCAUGAACCUGAUUCAGGCUCUUCCUCCUUCCCGACUGCGCCACGUUCCCGUCGACCCCUACUUCCACCAAUACCUCCGCAACCGUAGCGCAAGCACUCUCCAGGGCGACUAUGGCGUUCACCUGAUGGUUCCUGAUGACAUUGAAAGCACCGAGGUUGUCCUUGUCUACGAGGGCCCCUCUGCCACCGCUGCCCGCUUCGAGGUUCCCAGACAGCGACCCACCCCCGCAGAUAUCGCUUCCUUUGAGAAGGGUCUGGAGGAGGCCCAGCAGUUCUUGCUGGCCGCCCUUGGAGACCAGAACGACAUCGUUUCCGAGUCGAUUGCCAUUCCCUCCAAGUACCAGGAGAAGGCUCGCAAGUUUAUCAACCGUGAGCAGGAGGCUAAGGGCGAGGACAGCAUCCCCGUUCGUGCCAUCGUUGGCGAAGCUAAGGGCUCCCAAUGCCAGGUCUCCCUCCGUGGUCCUUCAGCCAUCGUCGCUAACCUGGUUUCCAAGCUUGAGGACUUCGUUAUUGAGCAGGAGCAGGAUGAUAAGGAGCGCGGAUACAUCACCAGCUUCGAUUUCCCCCAGAAGUAUGCCAACUUCUUGAUCGGCAAGCGCGGCGAGAACAUCAACAAGCUUCGCGAAGAGUUUGAUGUCGACAUCAAGGUUGAGAACGGCAAGGUCGAGGUCAAGGGCCCCAAGACCAAGGCUGACGCUACCCGCAUGCGCAUCAUCAACAUGGGCCGCAAGCUCGAGGAUGAGACCACCCACAUCCUUAAGGUCCCUGCUCAAUAUCACCGUGAGCUGAUCGGUCAACGCGGAAGCCAGGUCAAUAAGCUCCAGGACCGUUACUCAGUCCGUGUUCAGUUCCCUCGUGCCACUGCCACCGAAGAUGUCGCUGAGACUGGCAGCGAUGCCGGUGGUGCCCGUCCCAACCGUCCCCAGCAGGCUGCCGAUGAGGUCCUUGUCAAGGGUCCUAGCAAGGGCGCUGACUCCGCUCGUGACGAGAUCCUCAGCUUGCUGCAAUGGAUCAUCGAGAACGGCCACUCUGCCUCUAUCUCUGUUGCUCAGAACCAGGUUGCCUCCUUGAUCGGCCAGCGCGGCCGGGAGAUGGACAAGCUUCGUGCUGAUACUGGAGCUCAGAUUGAUGUUCCCAACGCCAACGACGCAGCUGAUGCAUCUGGCCGUGUUGAAAUUCGUGUUAAGGGUACUAAGCAGCAGGUUGCUGAGGCUAAGAAGAUCCUGCAGCAGCGUGCCAGCGAGUUUGAUGCUACCGUUACCAAGUCUAUUGAUGUCGAGAAGAAGUGGCACAAGGCUCUCAUUGGCGGAGGUGGUGCAAACAUUCGCAAGAUCGUGACUGAGGCAGGUGGCCCAUCUGACGGCAGUGCCGCCCGAAUGGUCCGCUUCCCCAAGCCCGACAGCGCCGAGUCCACCAUUCGCUUGGAGGGCAACGGCAAGAUUGUUGACAGCAUCAUCGCUGCCAUUGAGGAGUUUGUCAAGGAACGCCAGGACCAGGUCACCGAGAUCAUCGACGUCCCUACCGCUCACCACCGUCUGCUUAUCGGUCGCGGAGGUGACACCCGUCGCAGCAUCGAGUCCAAGUUCAACGUGACCCUGGACAUCCCCAAGCUUGGUUCCGGCCGCACCGACGUCAAGCUCAAGGGCCCCACCACUGCCGUGGAGAGCGCCAAGGAGCACGUCAAGUCCCUGCUGAAGGAGCAGCACGCUGAGACCAUCGAGGUCCCCAGCCACCUGCACCACGCCGUCGCAGACAACGGCUCCAUCUUCCGCCGCCUUCGCAACGACCACCAGGUCAGCGUUGAUCACGCCGGCCAGGUCGUCCCCGCCAUCAACCCCACCGAGGAAACUCGCGCCAACGGCAACAACGCCAUGCCUCUGAUCACCGAUGAUCCCACUGCCGCUGCCGAUGCCCACUCCUGGACUAUCAUCGACAACGCUCCCUCCUCCCCCUCUUCCCCUUACCCCUGGGUUCUGACCGGCUCCCCCGAGAACGUCGCCAAGGCCCGCGCCGUCGUCGAGAAGGCCGUCGCCGCUGCCUCGCAGCAGUCCGCCACCGGCUUCCUCAUCCUGCCAGACCCCAAGACCUACCGUUUCGUCGUCGGCCAGGGCGGUAGCCAGAUCAACACCAUCCGCAAGAAGACCGGCUGCCACAUCAACGUUCCCAAGCAGCAGGCUCCUGGUGAGGCGAUCGAGAUCCGCGGUAGCUCCGCAGGUCUCGAAGAGGCUAAGGAGAUGAUCUUGGAAGCUGUGCAGAACGGUCUGAACGGCUCGCGAUAA